CACUUCCGGGUCCGCCAUUUUGUCUCCCUCCCUCCCAAGCAGAGGGGGGGCCGUUAAAAGCAGCUAACCCCAGCGACCCUCCCCCCCCCCCUCGCCCGGGACGCCCACGCUGGCGCCGCCGGGGGCCGCCUCCGCCUCUCAAGGCGUUAAGCCCCAGUCCCGCAAAUGCUUCCACCCGUGAUUAACGUUAUGACUCAACCGAGCUGUUCGUGCGUGUCAAGUUAAGUGUAAAAGCGUUUGCGGGAUUGGGGCUUAGAAGACUGUUAAAGGAGCAUUGGAAAUAAAGGCUGUCCUACCAAGAAUCAAGCUUUCUGAAAAUAUUUGUUCCCAUGUAUAAAGAUGUCGUUAGUGGACCUCGGAAAGAGGUUGCUAGAAGCAGCUCGGAAAGGGCAAGAUGAUGAAGUUAGAACAUUAAUGGCAAAUGGUGCCCCUUUCACCACUGACUGGCUUGGGACAUCACCUCUUCACCUUGCGGCCCAGUAUGGCCAUUAUUCAACAGCGGAAGUGCUGCUUCGAGCAGGUGUUAGCAGAGAUGCUCGAACCAAAGUGGACAGGACACCACUGCAUAUGGCUGCAGCUGAUGGACAUACACAUAUUGUAGAAUUGCUAAUUAGGAAUGGUGCUGAUGUAAAUGCCAAGGACAUGUUGAAGAUGACUGCCUUGCACUGGGCAACAGAACACAACCAUCGCGAUGUUGUAGAGUUGCUUAUAAAGUAUGGAGCUGAUGUUCACGCUUUCAGCAAGUUUGAUAAAUCAGCCUUUGAUAUAGCCCUGGACAAGAACAAUGCAGAGACUCUGGUAAUGCUGCAGGAGGCAAUGCAGAAUCAGGUGAACAUGAAUCCAGAGAGAUCAAAUCCUGUCACAAAUACAGUGACUGUUGCCUCACCAUUUAUCCUUGCAUCAGGGGACGUUCUCAAUCUUGCUAGUUUUGUUUCUUCAGCAAACACCAAAACAACCUCAGGUGAUUCCCGUGUCUCUACAGUACAGUUUUCAAACUCAACAACCUCUGUGCUUGCCACGCUUGCAGCCCUCGCUGAAGCAUCUGCUCCCCUUUCCAAUUCAAACAGAUCUUCAACUAACACAGAGGAAAUAGUGGAAGCAAAUUCUGUAGAUUCUGCAAUACAGCAGGUGGUUGGUAGUGGAGGUCAACGAGUCAUUACGAUAGUAACAGAUGGCGUUCCACUGGGCAGUCUCCAAACAGCCAUUCCUACUAGUGGUAUCAGCCAGCCGUUUAUAGUGACCAUGCAAGAUGGACAGCAAGUUCUAACUGUACCUGCUGGUCAGGUUGCAGAAGAGACUGUUAUUGAAGAAGAAGAAGAUGAUGAUGAUGUAGAAGAGGAAGAACAUCCACCAGCAAAGAAGCAAAAAGUUGACCCAAAUGUAAAUGAUUUGGAGGAAAACAAGGACGAUAACGAAAGGGAAAUGUUACAGCAGCAGUUGCAAGAGGCAAACCGAAAGGCGCAAGAAUAUCGAAGCCAGCUAAUGAAGAAAGAACAAGAAGCAGAGCAAUACCGGCUAAAGCUUGAAGCCAUGGCAAGACAGCAGCCCAAUGGUGCUGAGCUUACAGUGGUUGAAGAGGUUGCUGAGGUGGAUGCAGUUGUGGUAUCAUCGGAGGAAAUGGAAGGGUCUGCAGCCACUGUGGUGGAAACAGAGCAGCCUACUGACAUUGCUGUGGAAACUGUAACGGCGUAACCUGUGGGUUACCAACUCCGUUUUAAAAGGAAAAAACAUUAUUUUAAAGGAGAUGCUGUUGACAAGCAACAUCGUGAGCUAAGGGGUCUAUUGAAAACCCUCCAUGCAACUGGAAUAUUGAAGAACUCAACUGCUUGUGUGGUCCCAUUCAGAGGGAUAAAAUCUCUCCUGCAGCUCAUAACAUUAAUUUGCUUUGAACACAAAGCCAAAGGUGCUUUUAUAGUUUGAUGUUGAGAGAGAGGUAUUUUUAAAAGUACCCUAAAAUUUAGCCAGCAAGUGACCAACAAGCCUAUUUUGUGACAUAAGUCUAUAAUGUGGGAGGGAAGGGGAUGGGGGUGGGGGAGAAGAGAAGUACCUCAUUGCCAAAGUAGCUGGUAAUAGCGCUCAGCUGCCCUGAAUUUACUGCACUGAAAACAAAUGUUAUGCAAUGACAUAUUUGCACCCUGGUGUGUAGUUCUUAUCCGAUUGGAAACCACAAUUUGGAGUCUCUCAAAAACAGUCUGUUUGGGGGUAUAAACUUUUCAUUAAAAAGCUGGCUUUUAUUGGAAAGCAAACGUCGUUGCUGAAAUGAAAACACUAUUGACAUCUUCCAAAGCCCUUUGAGAGAAGGUGGAAAAUGGAUUGGUCUCUGUAGAUAACGUUUGUUUCAAAAAUGAAUCCAAAAUACAGUACUCCUACAAGAACAAAGCACAGGCUAAGUUUGCAUGAGCUCUUUAGCAUUUAAGCAAUUUGAGAUAUCAGGGAAUAUUAAAACUGCCUUUUUUUGGUCUGUCUUUGAAAGAGCUAUCUACAUCUGAACCCUUGACUACCUAAAGGGAUACCAGGUAAAAAUUAGACCCUUCAGUUUUAUGAAACUUGGUCAAGUUUUCUUUUUUAGCAUUUUUGUGCUAUACAAUGGCACCAACUCUGUUUAUGUAUGCAAAAUAAAAUGUCUCUGAAGUUGUGUUCUAAGACAGUCUGGGAGGUUAAUAUGCUUCUGUUUGGAAGUGGGUAGGCAUCUCACAUCUUUACUAAUCAAAAUUGUCCAUUUUAAAUAUACUAAAAUGUUUGUUUGGUUUUUUUAAACAAGUGACUGAUCUUACUAUUAAAUGUUUAUGGGUGUUUUUUCUUUACUAUUUGCUUGCAGACCCAUAGAGUAAAGAAGUUACCUAUAUCUGUUGCCAGUUGCAGGCUUGGAGAUUGUAUUUUAAAGUGAGACGUGUAUCAAAUGCAGAACGGUCUGUCUUUUCUGGUUCAGGACUGAAGCAAAAUUAUUGGAAGUGCUAUGAUUAACUAUGGGAACUAUUGUUUACGGUAUGGUAGUCUUAAUAAAUGAUCAUGAGUAAAGCAAUUUAAAUUGAGGGAAAACUUCACAAGAAUGUAGCCUGACCAGUUUGCUGCAGAGUUUAGAAAGUAUUAAAUCACUUCUAUCUUGAAAAACUGACAUGCCACAGAAACUGAUACUGCUUUCUUGACAAGUUUUGAAAAAUUGGUCUUCCCUUUCCAUGGCAAGUAUUGUUAAAUUCAUGGCUUCAGUUUGCAUAAUGCAGUCUCUCCUGCUUAAGUUCUGCUGUUUGUGAGGAUUGGCAGUAUUCAUGGUGGUAAUUCAAUUUCAUGGUUGCAAAGGUCUGUCUUGUAUUGUUUUUUCCCUUAUUUCCAGCAGUGUGUGUCCAGAUAAUGUGGCUUUGUGUUGAUACAGAUACCUCUUUCAUUACAUUUUUUUUGUAGCAGACAUGCCCAAGUUAGGACAUUUGAGAUGAAUGGUGCAGACUUUUUUUAGUCUACAAAGAUACUAACUUCUGGAGUCCUGAACUGUAAUCCUGGGCAUGGUCAUAAGUGAAAAUGAAUUGGCCUCUGUGUAGCAGAGACUGGUUCACAUCGGAAAAGUAUGGCUCAAGUUCAUAGGAUAGUGAUUGCUCAAGAGUGCUUUCGACUUGAUCGCAGUGACAUUGCAGGUCAUGUCUUGGGACGAGCUGUGGAGGCCUAUUUGAAUCAGGUUUUGCUCUGUGUGGUACUGUUAGUCUCUCGCAUUAAUGAGCAUGAGAUUGGCAUAUAUUUAAAAAAAUGUAACUUCAGCCUGUCUUUGCAGCUUGAAUCCUAUAACUAGCUAUUCUAAAGCAGUAGCAUCCAAAUAUUUGAUCCAUUUCCUGUUCAAAAUGAAUUGCCUCUGCUCACUCGGGAAAUGUGAGGUGCUUCAAUCUUUCACAUAAAUUAUUUUUGACCAUGCAUUUUGGCCUAAAAGUUCUCCAUCUAUAUAUAUUAUACCAAAUUCUACCAUUACACCCAUGCACCCUCAUUGUCUCCGCUUGGAUUGAAUGGUUGAAAUAGAGCAGAAUUUGGUGUAUACGUCCACACUGCAGAGUAAAUGUGUAAGUUGUAUUUAUUCUGUACAUACGCUUACAGUGCAAAGCUUCUUUUAGAUAGUGCAGAUAGUACAUUGUGCCUUUAGAAAUGAAGGAAGAACUAUCCAUUGUAAUGAUGGAUUAAUAUAAAUCAAAUAGUUUUAAUUUGGUAGUCUUAUUAGAAAAAGAAUGACUACUUCUGAACAGAGAUGUUUCCUGAUUAGGAGAUAAGCAUUGUUUAGUUUUCAUUUGAAAGAAAGAAUUGUAGAAGCUAGGUCUCUUCCAACCCUGUUUGGUUACCAGUCCAUAUCCCUGUCAAUACAGGGCUACUGUAUUUUCUGAGGUUUUGCUCAGUCUCGUGUUAAAUGGCACAAAACUGGGGUAUCUACCAGUUAGGCUUUGGAAUAAUUUCCUUGUUGAUUUCACUGUUGGGAGUUUUUCUUCUUGUCUGGAUGGACUUCUUAGGAAUGGUUUAUUUUGUCGAGCUCCCCAUCUUCCCCCAAAGUGAUUGUUGGUUGCUGGAGUUAUAAAUCAGUAACUAAGGGAUCUUACAUAGUCACUCUGAUCAAAUCUUUGCCUCUGUGCAGUUUCAGUGGAAGCCAUUAGAGGGACUUUGACUCCUUGUUGGUAGAAGAUAGGAGAGUCAAACUCUUCUAUUUAAAUUUUUCCUCUAUUUAGUUCUUGUGGAUAGAAGGUAACAGUGAAGAGGCCCAGACUUUUAGAAACAAGCGUACGGCUUUGGACAGCAACUUCAGAAUGAGAAACAAAAAGAGCCAAAUUUCUUUGAUAAAGCCAGUCACGGCUAAAAUAUCAUUCUAUGAAUCUUGGUAGUGCCCAGAUUCCUCAACUGGGAUUGAGGACGUGUUGCAAUAGGUGCUGUACAAACGCACAGAAUGCAAUACCUACCCCUAACUUUUAAUCUAACAAAGGACAAGCCAAGCAAAGGCUGGUCAGCGAUAUAAACCCAGUUAAAAUAACCAUUAAAAAGAAUUUAAAUGAAACAAGGUCCUUUUUGGAAAGUUGCAUUUCACCAAAUUCUGAAGUGUCUCCUUGGAGAUGUGGUGGAUGUAACAAGAAUCAAAAAGCAAGAUUCAGCAAAACAUGCUGUCAGUCCUCUCACAGCUUGAUUGGGGAUAGGAAAGAAACUGGUUUAUAAGAUGGAGAGGGGGAAGGGGGGGAAAUGUGAGCCAAAGUUAUGAAUAGUUUGUUGGAAAGAGUUUAAUAACCUGUAGUCUUAUGGACACUUGCUAUUUGCAUAACAUACAGGUAAGAGAGUAAUCUGCCAUCCUGCAGAAAGACAUUAUAGCAGCAGUGUCAAUAUUGUAACACAGCACACUGAGUUCAGUGCCAUCUUGACUCACAUUUUCUAUAUCCAUUCUAAGGCCAUAACCUAUAAGGAGGGUGGUUGCACCAUUUAUGCAUAUACCCAAAGUAGGAAGUGUGUCCAAUAUUCCUCUUUCUUUUAACAUAGUGGCCCAGAGUCACCCCUGCUAUAAGCCCCCUAAAAUCAAUGGAGUUACCAAGAUGAAUUUGGCUGUGUUUUCCUCACUUAUUGUAGUGCAAUUAAAACUUUACAGUCCAUAAAUUUCAGAAACAUUUCCUGGGUUUUUUUCUCUGAAAUAUUGUGCAAUUUAAAGAUAUGCCCUGGCAGUCCAGUCCAAGCAGAAAUUGUGUAUGUGGUGUGGUUUUUCUUGUUUAAAACAGUUGGCUAAGUUUUAACAGUAUUUUAGCGGUUGUUUUCACUAACCGCUUUAGGAAAGACUUAAGAAACUACUUUCUUUGUAUUGUAAAAACUACCAUGGGACUUACUGGUUUUAUGUAUCAAAGUGCAUUUAUUUAUAAGCAGUGUAACUAUUUAUAAAAGACUUUAUAUCUUUUUCCAAAAGAUGUUUUGAGGAAGGCUUUAAUAAUGGAUUUUUUAAAUUAAUGAAAGUUUAAAGAAACAGGACUCCUAAUUAUUUUACAUUGUCACUAUAUAUGUCAAUACUAUAAAACAGAACCAGUGUUUCCUCUGAAUUGAAAAAUACAUUAAUUUCCUUUGGUUUGUUUUCUGUACAUGUUACAAUUGUCUGAGCUGAAAUUUUUUAUUGUACACUGUGAAAUUGAAUCACAGUGGUAAUCCAGAGAGAAUUUGGUUCAACAAAAUGUUUACAGAUUUAAAGGGACACUGUCAAGUUUAAAAUUAUAUUUGCCUGAAAAUUGUGCCUACUGUAGUUACUUGUAAGACCUAAGAUUACAGUACCUGAAAAGCUGGCAAAAAAAAAGUCUGCAUUUGACAGCACUUUGUGUAUAGUCAUUUUAACUGUUUCCCCUGUGUUUCAAUUUUGCUUAAAAGACCCUUCUACUGGGAAACAGAACGCCUCCUCUCUCUCUCACACAUGAACGCACUCUCGCUCUUUUUUUAUUUAAAAAAAAAUUUCUGAAUAUACUGUUUGAGGGGGCUGGGAUUUAAAAAUGAGUCAAUUUUUUUUAAAGAAAAAAAUCACAGUAUUCUUUUAAUGUUGUAUGGUGUAAAAAAUUCACCAUUUUGUGUUUAUAUUUUAGAAGUUUUCACACACCAUGUCUGAAUUAAGACUGCAGCACAUGAUAGAUGCCCAGCAUUCAAAAACACAAUUUCCAGCUUUUGUAUGCCCUUAUCCAUGGCAAUUAUAUGAUGAACGCUGGCUUUUGAACAGAGAGGCAGUGCUAUAUUCUGGUUAACGCAAGCCUAGGUGAGGCUACAUAGAUAUUUUAUGGGUUGUUCUUAAAUAAGGGACGGGGGAAAAUGUAGAGAUUUGUCUUAUGCCCAGAUCCUGCCAGCCCUUGUGCAUAUGAGUGAUGUUAUGCAGGUGAAUAGUCCCACUGAAAUUAUGCCUGGGUGUUUGCAGGAUCAAGGCCUGCAUUAGCUCAUCUCCUCCAAACCUCACAGAUUUUUAAUAGAGCGAUAAAGGAUUACAAAAAGUUUAAAAGCCUAAAAUAAGCCCUUCAUCUUAGCCUGUGUGCAGAAAGGGAGCUAUCUGUACAUAGCACUUAAUUAAAAAAAGAACAUAAUCCUCCCACACAACCUGCCUGAAUUUCCAACUGAAGAGACCAAUGUACAGGUUCUGUCUUAUUUUUGGAUUUGCAUUUCUGAGUGGGAGAGGCAGGAGAAAUUUGACUGGUUUCAAAUGAACAUGAUUCAAAACUGCUAUUUUUAACUUAAUUGGUUUCUCCUUUUUUAUAUUAAGAUAUUUUUAGGUGAUUAAACGUUACCCUAAAGUAAAAGAAUCCCAGAAUGGAAACCCAACAUUUAGCAAUUCAAUGGGUCUGCACACACAGUCCUUGCUCAGGUAAAACUCUUCGAAAUCCAUGAGAUUUGCCUGAGUUCUGACAGUAGGGAUUAGGUUUUCACCUGCAAUCUAGUUUAAUUCACGUCCAUUUAACAUUCCUCAUAUGAGAUGAACAUGAUCUGGUUGUAAUUGGGAUAGAAGUUGAGUUGUGCCCCGUGUCUGUUUCUACAUCAGUGGUUCCAUUAUUCUAAACAGUGACUUAAACUUUGCAAAACUUCUCCAACGGAGAGGAAAAGAACAUUAAGCAGGUUGUGUAAACUUUAACCAAGCUCUUAGAUUCCUUUAGAUUUUAAAUAAUAAAUGCCCACCCAAAAAGCUCUUGUGUACUCAGAUGGGAAAUUUCCUAUCGGGGAGUAACUAAAGCCGUUCUGGUAUAACUUCCCUGUGUGGACACAUUUUUAUUGUAGAAUAGCGUCCUCACAGGGAGUUACACCAGACCAGUUAUUCCACUGCAGUUAUGCUGGGAAACUUCCCCAUGUAGACAAGGCCUUAGGUUACGUCUACACUGCAAUAAAAGACCUGCUGCAUGGCUGUGGCUGGCCCAGAUCAGCUCUCUUGGGCUCGGGCUGCACGGCUAAAAAUUGCUGAGUAUAUGGCAUAGCUCCAGCCUGAACCUAAACAUCUGUUGCAGUUUUUAGCCUUGCAGCAAAUCCUGUUAGCCUGAGUCAGGUGACCUGGGCUCUGAGACUUGGUGCUGUGGGGUUUUUACUGCAGUAUAGACGUACCCUCAGUCACUUAACAAAGACCUCUUGGAGUUUUCUUUUACUCUGCCACCUGCACAGCCUGACCAGUGUUCCCUGGCUUAUCUUGAGGCUUGCAGUUCUCUAGAGAGAAAUGCUCAGAUUCUGCAACCUUACCUGUAUCAGAUCAGAAUUUUUAACAUCCUAGGGGUUGUGUGUAUAUUUAUUAUCAGUAUGGCAGAAUGCUAUUUGCCACUUCAUUGCAAAAACUCCAUUACAAAUCCAAUUAGCACUGUGAUUAAGCAUUUAAGUGCCCAGAAUUGUAAAAUUCUUAAUAGCUUUAUGUACAGGAUGCCUUUAGAAAGCUUAAGUAUUCUUUUUAUAUUUAGAAUGUUUUCAAAUGUUAAAUUUAAACGUGUGUGUGUAUAUAUACAUUUUUGUACCAUGUUUCCUAAUAAAAUGCCAGUCAUGUA